AUGUUUGCAGCAUGCGGUUUUGUGGUACACGACUUGAGGCAGAGUUUUAGGCCCAUUAUGUCGAUUUCAAGGUCGUUUAGUUGUAGUCGACCAACUCAAGGUGUUAAAGCCGUUAAAUUUUUAAAAUCUCAGAGGAAAAAGCAGGCUAAUCUGGCACGUCAAUCAGAAUUAUCAAGUUCUGUAGAUGCCGUUGAUCCUGUGUUGGGUCGUCGUGAUACCCCCUUUAUCAACAGAGUAGUAGCAGAACUGAGAGAACCUGGUGUACUCUCUCAUGGGUACCAACAAAAUGAAGUGGAAAAAUUGAUGAGUGCAUUGGAAUCUACCAAGAGAAGAACUUUGGAAUUAUCGAGUCUAAAUUCAGAACUAGUGGAACCUGAAAGUUUGGAAUCUCUAGAGGCAAGAAGAGAAGCUAUAUCAAGAAUUCUAAGUAUGAGAAACGCCGAUAGUAAAAACUCACUGAAAAUGGCAUUGAAAUUGGCAAGAGAAGAGUUCCAAAGGUUCCCUGGUGAUACCGGAUCUAGUGAAGUACAAGCUUCUUGCAUGACGAUCCGUAUACACAAUCUAGUCAAACACAUCAAAGACCAUCAAAAGGAUUAUGCCAAUAUUAGAAUCUUAAGAAUGCUUGUACAACAGAGACAAAGUAUUUUGAGGUACUUGAAGAGAGAUAAUCCAGAGAGAUACUUUUGGACGCUGGAAAAAUUAGGAUUGACAGAUUCAGUUGUCAUGCAAGAAUUCAAUAUGGAUAGACGUUACAUGCAAGAUUUCAAAAUGUUUGGUGAUAAGAUUUUAAUUAAGGACUCAAAGAAGGUUGCGGAUCAAAAACGUAGAGAGUUGAGGAAGCAGAGAAGAGUAGCUGGCCCUUCGAUAUAA